ACAUACUUACCAAGCGUUGGAGUAAUAUUAUAGAUAAAAAUGCCUAUUGGAUCCAAAGAGAGGCCAACUUUUUUUGAAAUUUUUAAGACACGAUGCAACAAAGCAGAUUUAGGACCAAUAAGCCUUAAUUGGUUUGAAGAACUUUCUUCAGAAGCUCCGCUCUAUAAUUCUGAGCCUACAGAAGAACCUGAAUAUAAAAUCAGCAGUUAUGAACCAAACUUAUUUAAAACACCACAAAGGAAACCCUCUUUUCAUCAAUUGGCUUCAACUCCAAUAAUAUUCAAAGAGCAAGGACUGACUCUGCCGCUGUACCAAUCUCCUGUAAAAGAAUUAAGUAAGUACAGUUUAGAGUUAGGAAGGAAUAUUGCCAAUAGUAAACAUAAAAGUCAUCACACAGUGAAAAUUAAGAGGGAUGAAGCAGAUGAUGUUACCAGUCCACUUCUAAAUUCUUGUCUUAGAGAAAGUUCUGUUGUUCUGCAAUGUACACAUGUAACACCACAAAAAGAUAAGUCAGUGGUUUGUGGAAGUUUAUUUCAUACACCCAAGUUUGUGAAGGGUUGUCAGACACCAAAACAUAUUUCUGAAAGUCUAGGAGCUGAAGUGGAUUCUGAUAUGUCUUGGUCAAGUUCUUUAGCCACUCCACCCACACUUAGUUCUACUGUGCUCAUAGUCAGAGAUGAAGAAGCAUCUGAAACUGUAUUUCCUAAUGAUACUACUGCUAUUUUGAAAAGCUAUUUUUCUAAACAUAAUGAAAAUUUGAAGAAAAAUGAUAGAUUCAUCCCUUCUGAGACAGACAAUGCAAACAAAAAUCAAAGAGAAACUAGAAGUCAUGGAUUAGGAAAAAUGUUAGGGAAUUCCUUUGGUAAAGUAAAUAGCUGCAAAGACCAUUUUGGAGAGUCAAUGCCAAGUGUCCUAGAAGAUGAAGUACAUGAAACAGUUGUAGAUACUUCUGAAGAAGAUAGUUUUUUAUUAUGUUUUCCUAAAUGUAGAACAGGAAAUCUACAAAAAAAUAGAACUGAGAAGACAAGGAAAACAAAUUUGUAUGAAGCAAAAACUGAAGAAUGUGAAGAAGUUAAAAAGCAAAUGGAAGAACAACACUUACUUGGUUCUGAAAUGGAACUAAACGUUAGUGAUCCAUUAGAUUCUGUUAUAGCUGAUCAGAAGCCCUUUGGGAAUGGAAGUGGCAGAAUCUCCAAGGAAUUUGUACCUUCUUCAGCCUGUGAAUGGUCUCAGCUAACCCUUUCAGGUCUAAAUGGAACCCAGGUAGAAAAAAUACCUCUACUGUGUAGUUCUUGUGACCAAAAUAAUUCAGAAAAAGACCUAAUACACACAGAGAAAGAAUGCAUCGAUUUUAUUACUUCAGAAAAUUCUUUGCCACAUAUUUCUAGUCUACCACAAUCAGAGAAGAAAUUAAGUAAAGAAACAGUGGUAAAUAAGAGAGAUGAGGAGCAGCAUAUUGAAACUCAUGAAGACUCCAUUCUUGCGGUAAAGCGGGCAGGAUCUGGAACCUCUCCAACAGCUUUUCCAUACCAAGGUAUCAAAAAGUCUAUAUUCAGAAUAAGAGAAUCACCUGAAGAGACUUUCAGUACCAUUUUCUCAGGUAAUAUGAGCAAUCGAUGUUUUAAAGAAGGAACUGAAGCCUCUGAAAGUGAAUUGGAAAUACAUUCUGUGUGCUCACAGAAAGAAGAUUCUUUAUGUACAUGUCCAGUUGAUAAUGGAAUCUGGCCAACCACUAUCAUACAUAGUUGUGUAACUUCGAAGAAUACAGGUUUAAUAUCUACUUUGAAAAAGAAAACAAAUAAGUUUAUUUAUGCUAUAAGUGGUGAACCAUCUUAUCAGAAAAAAAUACAGAAAGACCAAAAAUCAGAACUAACUGACCGUUCAUCCCAAUUGGCAGCAAGUACUUUUAACGCAUCACUUACAUUUAUAAAUGCUGAUUCAGGUUUAUUGCAUUCUUCUGUCAAGAGAAACUCUUUACAAAAUGAUUCUGAAGAACCAACUUUGUCCUUAACCAACUCUUUUGGGACAAUUUCAAGGAAAUGUCCCAAUAAAGAAAGCAGUUCUUCUAAUAAUACAGUAAUCUCUCAGGAUCUUGAUUAUAAAGAAGCAAAAAUUAAUAAGGAAAAACUGCAUUCAUUUAUAAUCCCAGAACCUGAUUAUUUGUUAUGCUUUCAGGAAGGAAAGUGUGAAAAUAAUCCAAAAAGUAGAAAAAUUUUUGAUACAAAAGAAAAGAACUUGGCUGCAACAGGUCACCCUGCAGUACAACAUGCAAAAGUAGAUUGUAGUAGUAUUCUCUUUCGAUCCCAGGAAAGUUUAUUAUAUGACCAUGAUAGUGCCAGCACUCUUAUUUUAACUCCUACUUCCAAGAAUUCUUCAUCAAACUUAGUUGUGAUUUCUAAAGGAAAAGAAUCAUUCAAAAUGUCAGAUAAACUACAAUGUAAGAAUUGUGAAACUGAUUUUGAAUUAACCAAAAAUAUCCCCAUGGAAAAGAAUCAAGAAAUACCUGCUUUAAGUGAACAUUCUAAAAAUGUUGAGCUGUUGCCACCUAGAAAACACUUAACAGUACAAGUCAACCAAAAUACAAAUCUAACAAUAACCCAAAAAGAACAACAAACUACUUUAAUUUCAAAGAUAACUGUCAAUUCCAACUCUGAAGAACUUUUCUCAGACAAUGAGAAUAAUUUUGUUUUUCAAGUAACUAAUGAAAGGGGUAAUCCUGUAUUAGAAAAUACUAAGGAACUUCAUGAAGUAGACCUUAGUUGUGUAAAGGAACCCAUUUUAGAGAACUCUACCAUGGUAGCAUUUGCAGGCAUCAAUGACAAGCAAACAGCUCAGGUGUCAAUUAAAAAAGAUUUGGACUCAUCAGAUAUAGAUUAUGGUUUCAUAGAGGACAGAAAUAGUGUAAAGCAGCAUCUAAAAUUGACUCGAGGUCAAGAUUUAGAAUCAGAGAUAUCCUUGGAUAUAAAUAAAAUAUCAAACAAAAAUAAUGAUUACAUGGACAAAUGGGCAGAACUCUUAGAUCCUAUUUCAAAUCACAGUUUUGGAGGUAGCUUCAGAACAGCUUCAAAUAAGGAAAUAAAACUCUCUGAAUGUAAUAUUAAAAAAAGCAAAAUACUCUUCAAAGAUAUUGAAGAACAGUAUCCUACUAGUUUAGCUUGUGUUGAAAUUGUAAAUACCUUGGCGUUAGACAGUCAAAAGAAACUGAGCAAAACUCAUGCAUUUGUUUCACAGUCAGUUAAUACUGUGUCUGUGCAUGCACAGAGUAGUACAAUUGUGUCUGAUUGUAAAAACGGUCACCCAACCCCUCAGAUGUUAUUUUUAAAGGGAGAUUUUAAUUCAAAUCAUAAUUUAACACCUAGCCAAAAGGCAGAAAUUACAGAACUUUCUAGUAUAUUGGAAGAAUCGGGAAGUCAGUUUGAAUUUACACAAUUUAGGAAACCAAGCCACAUAAUACUGAAUAAUACAUUUGAAGCGCUUGAAAACCAGAUGACUGACUUAAAUACCACUUCUGAGAAAUGGAAAGAUGUUGAUCUUCAUCGCACAAUUAAUGCCCCAUCUAUCAGUCAGGUACAUAGCAGCAGGAAAUUUGAAGGUGCAGUUGGAGUUAAGCAAAAGUUUGCUUGCUUGUUGGAAAACAACUGUAACAAAAGUGCUUCUGGUUAUUCAACAGAUGAAAAUGAAGUAGAGUUUAGAGGCUUUUAUUCUGCUCGUGGCAAAAAACUGAACGUUUCUAAUGAAGCUUUGCAAAAAGCUGUGGAAUUGUUUAGUGAUAUUGAAAAUAUUAAUGAGAAAACUUUUACAGAAGUAGAUCCAAGAAGUUCCUCUUCAGGUAAAUACCAUGAUUCUAUUGUUUCAAUGUUUAAGAUAGAGAAUCAUAACAAUGAUAGAAAUUUUGAUGAAAAAAAUAAUAAAUGCCAGCUUACAUCACCAAAUAAUACUGAGGUGACUACUGGCACUUCUAUUAAAGAAAAUAUUGAAAAUUACAAGAGAAAUACUGAAAAUGAAAAUAACAAACAUACUGCUUCUGAUAGAAGAAAUACUUGUAACUCAGGAGAAUCUAAUGUCAGUGAUUCAAGUAGAAAUGAAACAGUUUAUAUUCAUAAAGAUGAAAAUGACUUGCCAUGCACUGAUCAGCACAAUAUAUCUCUUAAGUUAUCUAGCCAUUUUAUGAAGAAGGGAAACAUUCAAAUUAAAGAACAUUUAUCAGAUUUAACUUGUUUGGAAGUUGUGAAAGCUGAAGAAACAUGUCAGGUUAAUACUUCAAACAAAGAACAGUUAACUACUUGUAAAAUGGAACAAAAUAUAAAAGAUUUUGAGACUUUUGAUAUAUCAUUUCACACUGCAAGUGGAAAAAAAAUAAGAGUCUUCAAAGAGUCAUUAAAUAGAGUUGUCAGUUUCUUUGAUGAGAAACCAGAAGAAGAACUGAAUAACUUUUCCUUGAAUUCUAAAUUACUUUCUGGCAUAAAAAAGAACAAAGUUGAUAUUCUAAGUCAUGAGGAAACAGACUUGGCUAAAAACAAAAUAUUGAAAGAAAGUAUCCCAGUUGGUACUGGAAAUCAGUUUGGGACCCUCCAGCAACAACCUGAUUGUGAUCUUGGAAAGGUCAAAGAAGCUACCCUGUGGAGUUUUCAUACAGCUAGUGGGAGAAAAGUAAAAAUUACUAAGGAAUCUUUAUACAAAGUAAAAAAUCUUUUUGAUGAAAAACAGGAUAUUAGUGAAAUCAUCAGUUUUAGCCAUCAAGAGGCAAAGACCCUAAAUGACAGACAGGACUGUAAAGAAGAACUUAAAUUAGCAUGUGAGACAAGUGAAGUAACAACUGUCCCAAAGUGUGAAGAAAUACAGAAUUCUCUAGAUGAUGGGAGAAACCUUGUUUCUAAUGAGACUGCAGUGCUACCCAGGCUCUUAAGUGAUAAUUUACGUAGACAAAGUGAAAAUCUUAAAGCAUCAAAUAGUAAGUCUUUGAAAGUUAAAGUACAUGAAAAUGUAGAAAAAGAAACAGCAAGAAGUCCUACACCUUGUUACACAGAUCAGUCCCCGUAUUCAGCCAUUGAGAAUUCUGCCUUAGGAUUUCACACAGGACAUGGUAGAAAAAUUUCUGUGAGUCAGGCUUCACUUUUGAAAGCAAAAAAAUGGCUUAGAGAAGGAGAACUGGAUGAUCAGCCAGAAAAAAUAAAUACUGCCAAGGUUCUGUGUGCAAAGGAAUACCCCGAAGGUUAUAUUGAAAAUCCUCCUUGUGAAAAUAACUUAAGCAGUAGUAUGACUGAAAAUGACAAAAAUCAUCUCUCAGAAAAACAAAAUUCAACUUAUUUAAGUAACAGUAGUUUGUCUAACAGCAAUUCCUACCUUUCUGAUUUUUGUUAUUCUGAGGAAAUAUAUAAUGAUUCAGGAUAUCUCUCAAAAAAUAAAAUGGAUUCUGGUUUUGAACUAGUAGUGAAGAAUGUUGAAGCCAAAAGAAAUAGUAGUUGUCCUGAAGUAAUGUCGACUAUGAGGGAAGCAAACAUGAACCCAAAAACUGUAAAUGAAGAUACUUGUGUUCAAAAUCUUGUGACUAACUCAUUACCAUGCAAGAAUAAAAAUGCAACUAUUAAAUUGUCCAUUUCUAAUUCAGAUAAUUUUGAGGUAGGGCCACCUGCAUUCAGUACAACCAGUGGUAAAGUAGUCUGUGUUUCACAUGAAGCAAUUGAAAGAGUGAAGGAGAUAUUUACCGACAACUGCAGUCAAGUAAUUAAGCAAAAUAGUGAGAGUAAAUCAGAUACUUGCCAAACGAAAAGUGUGGCAGAUUAUUGUAAGAUAUUGAAUGAAUCAGAGGAUAUUAUAUUUCCUAAGUCUCUAGAUAAUAAAGAAUGUAUGCAUUCAUAUAAGGUUUUUGCAGACAUUCAAAGUGAACAAGUUUUACAACAUAACAAAAGUAUGUCUGGAUUGGAGAAAGUUUCUAAAAUAUCACCUUGUGAUGUUGGUAUGAAAACUUUGGAUAUAUGUGAAUUUAAUAUAGGGAAGCUUCCCAAGUUGGUCUCUUCUACAAACACUUGUGGAAUUUUUAGCACAGCAAGUGGAAAAUCUGUACAAGUUUCAGAUGCUUCAUUACAAAAGGCAAGACAGGUGUUUUCUGAGGUAGAUGAUAAUACCGAACAACUCUUUUCCAAAGUAUCAUUUAAAAGUAAUUCAGAUCAGUUUACAAAGGAAGAGACUACUAUGAUGCAUACCCCAAAACAUUUAAUAGCACCCCAAAAAGGCUUUUCACAUAAUGUGGUAAAUUCAUCUGCUUUCUCUGGAUUUAGUACAGCAAGUGGAAAACAAGUGUCAGUUUCAGAAAGUGCCUUACAAAAAGUCAAGGGAAUGUUAGAGGAAUUUGAUAUGAUCACAACUGAACAUAGUCUUCAGCAUUCACCUACAUCAAGACAAGGUGUAUCAAAAAUACUUUCUUGUAUUGAUAAGAGAACCCCAGAACAUUCUGUUAACUCAAAAUUGGGAAAAGCCUAUAGUAAAGAAUCUAAACUAUCAAAUAACUAUACUGCUGAAAGUGAUUCUUCAGAAAAUAAUCAUUCAGUUGAAGUUCUUCCACAUCCCUUUCAGUUUAGGCAAGGCAAACAACAGUUGAUACUAGGAAACAAGAACAUUGAUGUUUUAGGAAAAGAACAGGCAUUACCUAGAAACAUGAAAAUGGAAGUUGGUAAAACUGAAACUUGUUCUGAUGUUCCUGUGGAAACAAAUAUAGAAGUUUGUGCUAUUUACUCUAAAGAUUCAGAAAACUACUUUGAAACAGAAGCGGUAGAGAUCGCCAAUGCUUUUAUGGAAGAUGAUGAACUUACAGAUUUAGAACUACCAAAUCAUGCUGAACACUCUCUUACAAGCCAAGAAAAUGAGGAAACAGUUUUAUUAAAUUCAAGAGUUGGAAAAAGAAGAGGAGAUGCCCUUCUCUCAGUUGGAGAACCUCCAAUCAAAAGAAACUUGUUAAAUGAAUUUGAUAGGAUAAUAGAAAAUCAAGAAAAAUCCUUGCAGGCUUCAAAAAGCACUCCAGAUGGCACCAUAAAAGAUAGAAGAUUGUUUAUGCAUCAUAUUUCUUUAGAGGCAGUUACCUGUGGACCCUCUUGCACAACUAACAAACGGCAAGAAAAACAAAAUCCAAAUUUUACUGCACCUGGUCAAGAAUUUCUGUCUAAAUCUCAUUUUUAUGAACACCGGACUUUGGAAAAAUCUUCAAGCAAUGUAUCAGUUUCAGGGCAGCCAUUUUUUAAAGUUCCUGGUACAAGAAAUGAAAAAAUGGCACCCUCAAUUACUGCAGGCAAAUUGACCAAAGUCUUUGUCCCACCUUUUAAGACUAAAUCACAUUUUCACAGAGACGAAGAGGGUACUAAUUUGGAGGAAAACAAACAAAAACAAGACAUAGAUAAAUAUGGCUCAGGUGAUAGUGACAAUAAUAUUAAUGACAGUGAGAUUCAUCCAUCUAACACAAACAACUCCAAUCAAGCAGCAAAUGUCAUUUUCACAAAGUGUGAAGAAGAACCUUUAGAUUUGACUACAAGUCUUCAGACUGCCAGAGAUAUACAAGAUAUGCGAAUUAAAAAGAAACAAAGGCAACGUGUCUUUCCACUACCAGGCAGUCUGUAUCUUGCAAAAACAUCCACUCUGCCUAGAAUCUCUCUGAAAGCAGCAGUAGGAGGCCAGGUUCCCUCUGCGUGUUCUCAUAACCAACUGUAUAUGUAUGGCAUUUCUAAACAUUGCGUAAAAAUCAACAGCAAAAAUGCAGAGUCUUUUCGGUUCCACACUCAGGAUUAUUUUGGUAAGGAAAGUUUAUGGACUGGAAAGGGAGUACAGCUGGCUGAUGGUGGAUGGCUCAUACCCUCCAACGAUGGGAAGGCUGGAAAGGAAGAAUUUUAUAGGGCUCUGUGUGACACCCCCGGUGUGGAUCCAAAGCUUAUUUCUAGAGUGUGGGUCUAUAAUCACUACAGGUGGAUUAUAUGGAAACUGGCAGCUAUGGAGUUUGCCUUUCCUAAGGAAUUUGCUAAUAGAUGCCUAAACCCAGAAAGGGUGCUUCUUCAACUAAAAUACAGAUAUGAUAUGGAAAUUGAUAGAAGCAGAAGAUCAGCUAUUAAAAAGAUAAUGGAAAGGGACGACACAGCUGCAAAAACACUUGUUCUCUGUGUAUCUGAUGUAAUUUUAUCAAGCAUAAAUGUAUCUGAAACUUCUGACAGUAAAACUAGUAGUAUGGACACCAAAAAAGUGACUAUUAUCGAACUUACAGACGGGUGGUAUGCUGUGAAGGCCCAGGUAGAUGCUCCCCUCUUAGCUCUCUUAAAGAACGGCAGACUGACUGUGGGUCAGAAGAUCAUUAUUCACGGUGCAGAACUGGUGGGCUCGCCUGAUGCCUGUACACCUCUUGAAGCCCCAGAAUCUCUUAUGUUAAAGAUUUCUGCUAACAGUACUCGGCCUGCUUGCUGGUAUACCAAACUCGGAUUCUUUCCUGAUCCUAGACCUUUUCCUCUGCCCUUGUCAUCACUUUUCAGUGAUGGAGGAAAUGUUGGCUGCACUGAUGUGAUUAUUCUAAGAACAUACCCUAUGCAGUGGAUGGAGAAGACUUCGUCUGGGUUAUACUUAUUUCGCAAUCAAAGAGAAGAAGAAAAGGAAGCAGCAAAAUAUGCAGAGGCCCAGCAAAAGAGGCUGGAAGCCUUGUUCACUAAAGUUCAAGCUGAAUUGGAAGAGCAUGAAGAAAACACAACAAAACGACAUAUACCAUCUCGUGCACUAACAAGACAGCAAGUUCGUGCUCUGCAAGAUGGUGCAGAGCUUUAUGAAGCAGUGAAGAAUGCACCAGACCCAGGUUACCUUGAGGGUUAUUUCAGUGAAGAACAGUUAAGAGCCUUGAAUAAUCAUAGGCAAAUGUUGAAUGAUAAGAAACAAGCACAGAUCCAGUCGGAAUUCAGGAAGGCUGUGGAAUCUGCUGAACAGGGGGAACGAAGUUUAUCAAGGGAUGUCACAGCUGUGUGGAAGUUGCGUAUUGCAAGCUAUGCAAACAGAGAAAAAGAUUCAGUAAUAUUGAGUGUCUGGCGUCCAUCAUCAGAUUUGUAUUCCCUGUUAACAGAGGGAAAGAGAUACAGAAUCUAUCAUCUUACAACAUCAAAAUCUAAAAGUAAAUCUGAAAGAGCUGGCAUACAGUUAGCAGCAACAAAAAAAACUCAGUAUCAACAACUACCGGCUUCAGAUGAACUCUUAUUCCAUGUUUAUCAGCCAAGGGAGCCCCUUCACUUCAGCAGAUUAUUAGAUCCAGACUUUCAGCCGCCUUGUUCUGAGGUGGACCUGAUAGGAUUUGUUGUUUCCAUUGUGAAAAAAACAGGUCUUGCUCCAUUGGUCUAUUUAUCGGAUGAAUGUCAAAAUUUAUUGGCAGUAAAGUUUUGGACAGAUCUUAAUGAAGAUAUUAUUAAGCCUCAUAUGUUAAUUGCUGCAAGCAACCUCCAAUGGCGACCAGAAUCCAAAUCAAGAAUUCCUACUUUAUUUGCUGGAGAUUUUUCUGUGCUUUCUGCCAGUCCAAAAGAAAGCCACUUUCAAGACACAUUCAACAAAAUGAAAAAUACUAUUGAGAAUAUUGACAUAUUUUGCAGUGAAGCAGAAAACAAGCUUAUGCACAUGCUUAAUGUAAAUGAUCCCAGGUGGUCCACCCCAAUUAAGGGCUGUACUUCAGAGUUACACACUGCUCAAACAGUCCUUGUUACAGGAAAUAAACUUCUGAUGUCAUCUCCUAAUAAUGAGAUAAAUCAUCAAAAUCUUUUAUCACUUUCUACGCCCAAAGGGAAGUUUGUUUCCAUACCUGUAUCAGUCCAAAUGACUUCAAAAUCUUGUUGUAAAGGGGAGAAAGAGGUUGAUGACCAAAAAAACUGCAAAAAAAGAAGAGCCUUGGAUUUCUUGAGUAGACUGCCUUUACCUCCACCUGUUAGUCCCAUUUGUACAUUUGUUUCUCCAGCUGCACAGAAGGCAUUUCAGCCACCACGGAGUUGUGACUCCAAAUAUGAAAUACCUUUAAAGAAAAAGCAAUUGAGUUCUCCUCAGAUGACUCCACUUAAAAAAUUCAAUAAACUGUCUCUUUUGGAAAGUAAUUCAAUCGCUGAUGAAGAACUUGCAUUAAUAAAUACCCAGGCCCUUUUGUCUGGUUCAACAGGAGGAAAUCAGCUUGUAUCUAUCAGUGAAGCCUCCAGGACUGCUCCCACCAAUGCAAAAGAUGACCUUGGACUGAAAAGGCAUUGUGUUGCAUCUCUGAUCAAAGAACAGAAUGACUCCCAAGCCGGUACAGAAGAACGUGAGUCCAAUGGGCAGGACACAAGGACAACGAAAAACACAUCUAAGAGAUUACAAAGGCGACAACGAAAGUGA